AUGUCUUUAAUCAAACCCAAUUCUGGUAUUUCUAUGUUAUUAGAAUUUAUACUAUUAGAGUUAAAAACUAAUUACAACUUAACUUAUAAAAAAGUUAAAAAAAGUAAACCUACUUUUAAUGAAUUUAAAAUAUGCAAAACCAAUUAA